AUGGAAAUUUACGAUGCAUCGGAGAUCCUGAAAAUGGAAGCUGAAAAGCUCAACACAGUAAUUCACAUAGAAAAUCCAGACAAGUGUCGGUUGUGCCUGAAAUCUAUCAAAAGUCGAAAAAUCAUCACAAAUGAAAUCAGAAGAAAGUUUCUGGAUGUGACACAAAUGGAACUGCCGACAUCUGACAAAUUAUCCAAAUUUGUAUGCUCAAAAUGUGACAAGGACUUGAAGGAUGCCUUCACAUAUCGAGAGAAAAUGAUUGAAACACAACGGAAACUUAAUGAGGAAGUUGGAGAGACUCAAAAGAUAUUUAUGCCAGAAAUUGUGCAUUUAAAGCAGGAGAAGGUUGAUAUAAUGAAUGAAGAAGACUAUGAUAAUGAUGACUAUGGAGGUAGGGAUGACUACUCAGAUUGCGGUGAUGCUGUUGAUGAUGAUUUUGAGCCUCAGAUCUUCAGCAAGAUUGAAAUAUCAGAAAGCAAGAUAGAAACUCUUAGCAAAGGCAUUAGCAAGAAAGAUUCAAAAGUACAGCACAAAACCAGGACUAGAUCAAGGAAGUUAGAAGAAAAUAACAGCAAUGAAAGUGAUGAAGACAUCAAGCCACAGGGGAAAAAAUCAAAGAAGGAAAAACAAGGUCGGAGGAAGAGGCAGUAUGACUAUUAUGACCCAGAACUAGACAAAGAAGUUCAAGAGAGAAAAGUAACUGAGGAUAAUGGAAGGACUUAUUAUCUUUGUAGCUACUGUGGCAAGAACAUGACAACAGCAUUCUCAUUAAAAGAGCACAUCCUAACACAGCACAGAGAUCUUGAAAAGAAGUUCCAUUGUAAUUAUGAAGGUUGUGGUCUUUCGUAUGUGACUGAAAACAGGCUGAUGAUUCAUUAUCAAUUCCAUAGAUACACAAAACAAGUUGUUUGUCCAACUUGUGGAAAGAUGCAGUCUUCAAAGAAUCGUCUUAGGGAGCACAUACAGAGCGUCCAUGAAAAGGUCAAGAAAUAUUUUUGUGAUAAGUGUGGCUUCACAGGACUCUUAAAGAGUCGACUCAGAGCUCACGUUAGAACUCACAUCCAAAAGGAAAGCAGAAGGAAUUAUCCAUGUCACAUUUGUGGAUUUGUGUCUGUCUGUCCGAAGUAUCUCAAGCGACACAUUUUAGACCAUGAAGGUAUCAAAAAAGAAGAGGAGCCAAUUACAUGUCACUGUGGAAAGACUUUCAAGCAUAAAGGUGCCCUCCAAAUGCACAUCAGAUGCGUCCACAAUAAAGUUAAGAAACAUAUUUGCAGCAUUUGCAGUCAUGCGUUCUUCCACAAAGUUGAUCUGGAGAAUCACAUUCUAGUAAAGCACAAUCGAGAUAAAUUAGUCAAAAAUAUGCCGUGUGACAUUUGUGGUAAGCUGUUUGGCAUUGAGAAGCAAUUGGCUAGACACAGGUUGUAUCAUUUCAUCAGGCACGAGUGUCAAAUGGAAGGAUGUGAUGAAUUUUUCAACACAGCAAAGAGACUCGAACGGCAUAUGAAGAAGAAUCAUUAG